AUGGUUACAAUAGACGAGGUCUGGCAUGUCUCAGUAGAGAGCUUGAUCGGGCCUCCGCCUCCUGGGCUUGACGUGCAUCGUACUCGGACGAUGACUGAUAAUGUCGCUUGCGUGGCUCUUGUUGUUGUUACUACGAUCGUCGUUGCCAUCCGUUUCUUCGUGCUGGUUCAUAUUCAAAAGAUUCGACCUUACCUCGACGACUGGUUGAUGCUAUUUAAUCUGGUUCCUCUGAUUGCACUCACAGCAAUAGCAUGCCUUGGCGGAGAAAGAUAUGGCCUCGGGAAACAUAUCUGGGCUGUGAAUAUCGGCCCGCUGAUCAUUGGAAAGAAGAACUUGUUCAUUUGGCUGAUCCUCUACGUGUUUCAACUAUUCAUGGUUAAAGUAUCCGUCUUACUCUUCUAUCGGCGGAUUCUGGGAAUGAGCUGGAUGAUCACCGCAAACGUAGCUCUCAGUGCGGCCUGGGCCUUAGGAAGCAUCAUUGCCAUCCUUUGUGGACCCGCCCCAAUCUCAUAUUUCUGGCUGGAGUAUAUCAAUCCAUCCGAAGGACACUACCGAUUUCCUUUUUACAACCUGUGGGUAGGCAAUGCUGCGUCGAAUGUUUUUACGGACGUUCUGAUCAUUCUCGUUCCGGUCCCAGUCAUCUGGAGACAAAAUAUGCGUGUGAGACAAAAGCUCAUUGUGUCUGUAUUGAUGGGCCUUAGCAUCGGUGUCGUCGUUGCGAGUGUAAUCCGACUUCACUACCUGACUCUUCUUGACAACAACAAAGACAUCAGCUAUAUCAUGGGCAUAGUCUUUGUGUGGUCUACCGUGGAGCCCUGUCUGGGAAUUAUGUGUGCCUGUCUACCGGCAGUGCAACCCUUCGUCAGAUUCCUUCUUAGAAUCGAAUACAGAGCCUAUGCUGGGGGUAGGCUCAGCUUCAAUUCGCAUCCUGGUAAUAGCAUUCCACGAGUGCGGGAACACAGGCGGAUUAAUAGUCCCGUCGUUGGGCUGUCAGAUGGCGGCUUUGAUUUCCGGCCAGACCUUUGUGGGCCAGACGGGAAACACGAUGACAAACUGCGGCUUACAAUCGAGGCGCUUGUAGAGACCGAGCACGACAAGGAGGAGAGAGAGAAGCUGCAGCAAUUUCUGGGGCCGAUGUUUAUUCGGGUACAGCGUGAUGUCGAAUUGACGGUCUUCGAAGGACCUCGUUGA